AUGGAAACAAGACAGGAAUAUCGGGGAGGCGGUGUGGACAGCGGUGCCCAGUGCCAGGCCUCCGAGGACCAGAAGGAGACCCAGUGCCUCUUUUGUGAAGCAGCAGCUGAGGAGACUCUGGCGCUCACCCUGGCCGAUGAGAAACCCAAGGAAGGAGUCAAGACUGAGAACAACGAUCAUAUUAAUUUGAAGGUGGUGAGGCAGGAUGGUUCUGUGGUGCAGUUUAAGAUUAAGAGGCACACACCACUUAGUAAACUAAUGAAAGCCUAUUGUGAACGACAGGGUUUGUCAAUGAGGCAGAUCAGAUUCCGGUUUGAUGGGCAACCAAUCAAUGAAACAGAUACACCUGCACAGUUGGAAAUGGAGAAUGAAGAUACGAUUGAUGUGUUCCAGCAGCAGACAGGAGGUGUCUACUACAAAGGGAACCUGCUACUUUACUCCAGAAUUUUGUUAUAGACCAAGAAUACAUUCGCAAUUAGAAAGGCGCAAUUUGGUUCCACCACAUCCUGACUACUACAGUAUAGUUUUCUCUAUUCUUUCAUUUCCCUGUC